AUGUCUGUCGGUUUGCUGAUGUUUCGAGUUUACGAAUUCAUAAUGAAUAUUGAUCUAAAUUCCCAAGGGCGGUUUCAUGUGCUGUCUACACCAUCAUCCUCUUCCUCAAAAUAUCUCGUUAAUAACGUAUGCAUAUUUUUUUUCUUUCUAAUACUAUCUGCUAUCUGUAUUGGCUUUGCCCAGGCUCAAGCUGAUAAUGUCAUUUCCUGGUACGAAGACAUCGGCAGUAAUACCACUGCUAGUGUCAUAAAGCGAUGUAUCACCCUAAAUACUGACGAUAAGGCUGUGAUACAACGCAACACUGUCCGCACUGACGGGGACUUCACUGUGUGGCUAGACGCUGGCAACAACUUUAGUCAUGAGCUAAACACAUCUCUAACCGACAGAAUAAAAGACUGUGUCUCCAGGUCAAGAACAAAUACCACAACCACCAUCCGAUCACACAAUGAUUAUGCAGUGAGUGGUCCUCGGAACUGUCAUUCUGAUGUUGAAGAGUUUUACGACUUCUUUGGACUAGAAUACCCUCAGGAUUAUGAUCCCGGGUGGACAAGUGAGGAGUAUGGCUCAGAAGACCAAGAUGAUGUAGUAUUGUCUAAACGAGUCGUUGAUAAGCCUGACUGGCGCAGCGAGACACCUCGAUACAGGAGUUCCCUUAAUGUAGCAUGGUUCGCUGCUAUUACAUUACAGUACUGGUCAGGGAGUAGUAAAAACUGA